CGCUUCUUGUUGUGCGUCCGUGGGCGCGAAAUGCGUUAAACAUACUAAUCAGAUGUGUCCCCCUCGCGCUGCUGUCUCUCGUGUGUAGGCGCUCGCUCGCGCUGUAUGUAUGGGCGCGAUGAUGCGACUGGGCCCCCGCAACCCCCCCUCGAUCAUUCAUUCUUUCGUCUAUCAGUCGGACUAAAGAAAGACGAGAGCGACACGCCGAAGGUCGCGUGGACACCAAGGCUGUAUGACAAUUACGGAGGAAAUCAAAAAAAAAAAAUCGAGGAGAACUGAAAUAACGGUUUGAAAUCGGCGUGGUUACCUGAGCUCACCGUCACGCGAGGGAUUCGCUUUAUGUUUCAUAACCGCCCGCGCUGCACGGGCUGAAAAAAAUACCCACACUCACACAAGGAUGCGGAUUUAAAUGAAAACUAUCGAGUUGUCUGGCUUUUUAAACGGGAGGAAAACAGAAACACCUAUGUGAUCUGGACGAAACCAUUCCGCUUUGUCUUCGCCCAAGAGAAACGUUGAGAUUCGUCGGAUUUGAAAAUACAGCCACGCCAUCGGGCAGCUGUUGAGUUUCCAGCAGUGACCAUGAGCACCAUCUCACCGACUGAUUUCGACAGUGUCGAGAUCCAGCAGCAGUACAAUGACAUCAACAACCGCUGGGACAUUGCAGCCGAAACAGAGUGGGAUAAUGAGAACAGUUCUGCACGUCUGUUCGAACGUUCCCGCAUCAAAGCUCUCGCAGAUGAGAGAGAGGCAGUACAGAAGAAGACGUUCACUAAAUGGGUGAACUCUCACCUGGGCCGUGUGACCUGCAGAAUUGGUGACCUCUACACUGACCUCCGCGAUGGACGCAUGCUCAUACGACUGCUGGAGGUUCUCUCCAGUGAACAACUGCCAAAGCCCACCAAGGGCCGUAUGCGCAUCCAUUGUCUGGAGAAUGUUGACAAGGCUCUGCAGUUCCUAAAGGAACAAAAGGUUCAUCUGGAGAAUAUGGGUUCUCACGACAUAGUCGACGGAAACCACCGCCUCACACUUGGACUCAUCUGGACUAUUAUCCUUCGCUUCCAGAUCCAAGACAUUAGCGUUGAGACGGAGGACAACAAGGAGAAGAAAUCUGCCAAAGACGCUCUUCUGCUGUGGUGUCAGAUGAAGACUGCAGGGUACCCGAAUGUCAAUGUCCACAACUUCACCACCAGCUGGAGAGAUGGUCUAGCGUUCAAUGCCAUAGUGCACAAACACAGGUCAGACUUGAUUGACUUUGAUAAUCUUAAGCGCUCUAAUGCCCACUAUAACCUGCAGAAUGCCUUUAAUGUGGCUGAGAAGGAGCUGGGUCUUACCAAGCUACUGGAUCCUGAGGAUGUGAAUGUUGAUCAGCCUGAUGAGAAGUCCAUCAUCACAUAUGUGGCCACAUACUACCACUACUUCAGCAAGAUGAAGGCACUCGCUGUAGAGGGCAAGAGGAUCGGCAAGGUGCUGGACUAUGCUAUCGAGGCGGAUCAGCUGAUAGAGAAAUAUGAGACUCUGGCCUCAGAGCUGCUGCAGUGGAUUGAACAAACCAUUGUUACCCUUAAUGACCGUCAACUCGCUAACUCGCUCAGUGCGGUUCAGAACCAGCUACAGGCCUUCAAUACCUAUCGCACUGUGGAGAAACCACCCAAGUUCACUGAAAAGGGAAAUUUGGAAGUUUUGCUCUUCACCAUUCAGAGUAAAAUGAGAGCAAACAAUCAGAAAGUCUACAUGCCAAGAGAGGGAAAACUCAUCUCUGACAUCAACAAGGCGUGGGAGAGGCUGGAGAAAGCAGAACACGAGAGAGAGUUGGCACUGAGAAACGAGCUGAUUCGUCAGGAGAAGCUGGAGAUGUUGGCUGCACGCUUUGACCGCAAAGCAGCCAUGAGAGAAACCUGGCUCAGCGAAAACCAGCGGCUAGUGUCACAGGACAAUUUUGGUGUUGACCUGGGCGCUGUGGAGGCAGCCACUCGCAAACAUGAGGCCAUCGAGACCGACAUCCAGGCAUACGGUGAGCGUGUAGCAGCUGUAGAAGCUGUUGCUCGAGAACUGGAAGCGGAGAGAUAUCAUGAAGUGCGGCGCAUACUGGCACGCAGGGAUAAUGUGCUCAGACUGUGGGAGUAUCUGAAGGAACUACUUGCGGCACGGCGAGAGAGGCUGAUGGCACACAGAGACCUGCAGCGCCUCCUACAGGAGAUGAGCUACAUCAUGGACUGGAUGGAAGAGAUGAAGAGCCGCCUGCAAUCCCAGGACAGUGGAAAACACCUUCAUGAUGUGGAGGACUUGCUGCAGAAACACACACUAGUGGAAGCUGAUAUAUCCGCACAGGCUGAGAGAGUCAGAGCUGUGCAGGCUGCUGCAAAGAGAUUUACUUCAAAUGAACAGAAUUAUAAGCCGUGUGACCCUGCGCUUGUUGAAGAGAAGGUGGACCUGCUGGGCCGAGCAUAUGGAGAAUUGGGCCAAUUGGCAGCAGAUCGACGAGCUCGACUGGAUGACUCGCGCAGGCUGUGGCAGUUCCUGUGGGAGCUGGGAGAGGAGGCUGCCUGGAUUCGAGAGCAGGAGCAGAUCCUGUCCGGAGGAGAUAAUGGAAAGGACCUGAGCUCCGCCCUUCACUUCCUGUCUAAACAUGAGGCCUUCAGGGAUGAGAUGGCAGCCCGGUAUGGCCCUCUGGGGAAUAGCAUUGCUGGUGGAGAAGCCCUGGUGAGGGAAGGCCACAUUGGAGCACCUGAGGUGACAGAGCGGAUCAAGGAUGUGAAAGCACAGUGGUCUCACCUGGAGGAGGCUUCACAGUUGCGUGAGCAGAGGCUGAAAGAGUCUGUAGCUUUCCACCAGUUCCAGACAGACGCCAACGACAUGGAAGCUUGGAUAAUGGAGACACUAAGACAGGUGUCUAGUCAAGAACUGGGCCAUGAUGAGUUUUCUACACAGACUCUGGCCAGAAAGCAGAGAGAGGUGGAAGAGGAGAUUCAAAGUCACCGAUCACUCAUCGACUCACUACAUGAACAGGCCUCAACCCUGCCUGCAGCGUACGCACAGUCCCCUCAGGUGGAGGGGCGUCUCCCAGCGAUAGAGCAGCGCUAUGAAGAGUUAGAGGGUUUGUCGUCGUCAUGGCGACAGGCUUUAGAUGGAGCACUUGCGUUGUAUCGCAUGUUUAGUGAAGCUAAUGCAUGCCAGCUGUGGGUUGGAGAAAAAGAACAGUGGCUGCACAACAUGGAGAUUCCCACCAAACUAGAGGACCUGGAGGUGGUCCAGCAGAGGUUUGAAACUCUGGAGCCAGAGAUGAACACACUGGGCGCUCGUAUUUCUGAUGUCAAUCAAGUGGCCCAACAGCUGCUUGGAUCAGACAACCGCAACAAAGAGCAGAUUGACCAGACACAAAACCAACUCAAUAACAGGUACAGUGACCAACACAAAGAGCAGACUGACCAGACACAAAACCAACUCAAUAACAGGUGGUCUGAUUUCCAGAGUCUGGCCAACCAGCGUAAACAAGCUCUAGAAUCGGCACUGAAUAUCCAGAACUAUCAUCUAGAGUGUAAUGAGAUCAAGAGCUGGAUGAAGGAGAAGACCAAGGUCAUUGAGUCCACGCAGAGCCUUGGAAAUGACCUGGCUGGAGUCAUGGCCCUGCAGCGCAAGCUCACCGGUAUGGAGAGAGACCUGGAGGCUAUACAGGGUAAGUUGGAUGACCUGCGUUCUGAGGCCGAGAAGUUGGCAUCUGAGCAUCCUGAGCAGGAGGAGGAGAUCAAGGGUCGACUGGCUGAAAUCCAAGAGGUGUGGGAAGAGCUUCGAGCCACCAUGAAGCGGCGUGAGGAGUCUUUGGGCGAAGCCUCAAAGCUUCAGGGCUUCCUCAGAGAUCUCGAUGACUUCCAGGCCUGGCUGUCUCGUACACAGACCACCGUGGCAUCCGAGGACACGCCCACCUCUCUGGCCGAAGCAGAGCGUCUGUUGGGACAGCAUGAGGCCAUAAAGAAUGAAGUAGAUAAUUACAGGGAAGAUUAUGAGAAGAUGAGAGCUACUGGAGCUGAGGUAACUCAGGGACAGACUGAUGCCCAGUACAUGUUCUUAGCCCAGCGACUGCAAGCGUUGGACACCGGCUGGCAUGAGUUGAGGAGAAUGUGGGAGAGCCGCCACUGUGUCCUUGCCCAGGCCUUCGAUUUCCAAACCUUGCUACGAGAUGCAAAACAGGCAGAGGGCUUCCUCAAUAGCCAGGAAUAUGUUCUGUCACACACAGAGAUGCCCUCCAGCCUGCAAGGGGCUGUGGAGGCCAUCAAGAAACAUGAGGAUUUCCUUACUACAAUGGAGGCCAGUGAAGAAAAGAUCAAUGGUGUGGUCGAGUCUGGACGGAGACUUGUAUCUGACGGCAACACCUAUGCAGACAAGAUCCAAGAGAAGACAGACUCCAUUCAGGAGAGACACCAGAAGAACAAACAAGCUGCCAAUGAGCUGCUGGCUAAACUGAAGGAUAACAGAGAGCUGCAGCACUUCCUUCAGGAUGGACAAGAGCUGACAUUGUGGAUAAAUGAGAAGAUGUUGACUGCUCAGGACAUGUCCUAUGAUGAGGCCAGAAACCUCCACAGCAAGUGGCAGAAGCACCAGGCCUUCAUGGCUGAGUUGGCCUCCAAUAAAGAUUGGCUGGACAAGAUUGACAAGGAGGGUCAGGUGUUGGUGAAGGAGAAGCCAGAGCUCGAGCAGACGGUAUCAGAGACUCUGAGUGGCCUACAGAAGCAGUGGGAGGAGUUGGAGAGCACCACUCAAGCCAAAGCUCAGUGUCUGUUCGACGCCAACCGAGCUGAGCUUUUCACGCAGAGCUGUUCAGCACUGGACUCCUGGCUCCAGAACAUCUCCUCUCAACUUCAGAGCGAUGACUUUGGAAAAGAUCUCACCAGUGUCAACAUCCUGCUCAAGAAACACCAGAUGCUGGAGCAUCAGAUGGAGGUGCGUGAGAAAGAGGUCCAGUCUCUGCAGUCACAGGCUCUGGCCUUGGCCCAAGAGGAGUCUGGGACAGUGGAGGUGGAUGGUCAGCAGAGAAGGGUGACAGACAGUUUUGCUCAGCUGCAGGACCCUCUAAAACAGCGGAGGCAGCAUCUUCUUGCUUCAAAAGAAGCUCAUCAGUUCAACAGAGACCUUGAGGAUGAGAUUUUAUGGGUGAAGGAAAGGAUGCCCCUCGCCACUUCCACAGACCACGGUAAAGAUCUGCCCAGUGUUCAGCUGCUCAUCAAAAAGAAUCAGACUCUGCAGAAGGAGAUUCAGGGUCAUCAGCCCCGUAUCGAUGACAUACAGGCUCAUGGUAGAAACAUGUCACCUGGGAAGGAGUCAGAGAUGGACAGGGAGAGGAAAGCUGCUCUUGAUGGACGUCUGGCAGAGCUGAGGGAAUUGUGGGCCCUUAUGAUUUCUGAGACGGAGAAGAGAAACGUGAGGCUAGCAGAAGCUAACCGAGCACAGCAGUUUUACACAGAUGCUGCAGAAGCUGAGGCCUGGAUGGGAGAACAAGAGCUUCAUAUGAUGUCAGAGGAGAAGGCGAAGGAUGAGCAGAGUGCUCUGGUGAUGGUGAAGAAACACCAGAUUCUGGAGCAGGCUCUAGAGGACUACGCUCAGACCAUCCACCAGCUGGCCAACAGCAGCAGACUCAUGGUGAACAGUGAACACCCAGAAAGUGAAAGAAUCACUCUGAGGCAGGCCCAGGUGGAUAAACUGUACGCAGGGUUGAAGGAUCUGGCAGAAGAGAGGAGGGGCAAACUGCAGGAGAGACUGAGACUGACCCAGCUGAAGAGAGAGGUGGAUGAUUUAGAGCAGUGGAUCGCUGAGAGAGAGGUCGUCGCAGGGUCUCAUGAACUUGGACAAGACUAUGAACAUGUGACGAUGUUGCGCGAUAAGUUCCGCGAAUUUGCGCGGGACACCAGCACAAUUGGCCAAGAGCGUGUGGAUGCAGUGAACGCUCAGGCAGAUGAACUUAUCGAGUCAGGUCAUCCAGAAAACGCCAGCGUAGCUGAGUGGAAGGAUGGGCUCAAUGAGGCCUGGGCUGACCUACUGGAGCUCAUCGACACACGCACACAGAUGCUGGCCGCAUCUUAUGAGCUGCACCGCUUCCAUCAGGAUGCCCGGGAAGCUCUUGGGCUCAUAAGGGAGAAGAAGGAGACACUAGCUGGAGCCGAACUCGGACGGGACCUGAACACUGUCCAGCACUUGCUUAGACAGCAUACGGCCUAUGAGCAUGAUGUGCAGGCUCUCAGUGGACAGGUCACGCAGGUGCAGGACGAUGCUGCACGUCUGCAGAAAGCGUACGCCGGAGAGAAAGCUGAUGAUAUCCAUCGCCAUGAGCGUGCAGUCACAGAGGCCUGGGAGGGGCUUCAAUCUGCCACUCAAGCCAGACGGCUGCUCCUGCUGGACACAGUGGAGAAGUUCAGACACUUAAACAUGGUCAGAGACCUCAUGCUGUGGAUGGAGGGAAUCAACUUACAGAUCCAGUCACAUGACAGUCCGAGGGACGUCUCCUCAGCUGGUCUGGUCAUCGCCAACCACCAGGACAUUAAGUCUGAGAUAGACACUAGAGCAGACAGCUUCACUGCUUGCAGUGAAAUGGGACGGACCCUCAUCAAUAACAACCACUAUGCUUCAGAUGAGAUUCAAGAGAAAUUGGAUCAGCUUCAGGCCAAACGCACAGAAAUUAAUCAGAAGUGGCAAGAGAAAAUGGACCACUUACAGAUUGUUCUGGAGGUAUUACAGUUUAGUAGGGAUGUGUCUAUGGCCGAAUCUUGGCUGGCUGGACAGGAGCCGCUGGUCAGGGCAGCAGAAUUGGGCUCUAAUGUAGACGAGGUUGAGAGUCUUAUCAAACGCCAUGAAGCUUUUGAAAAACUGGCAGCAGGCUGGGAAGAUCGAUUCACACAGCUAGAGAAGCUCACCACGCUGGAAGAACAGGAAAUUCAAAGAAGAAGAGAAGAGGAAGAGAGGGCCCGACGACCACCCACACCUCCCCCUGUGGAGGAAGUAGUACCAUCUGAGAUUAACGAUUCUGCUGCAAGGACGAGUCUGGACCAGACUACAUUGAACCAGUCAGUAUCUGUCAAUGGUGUCUACAGUGACCAGGAAACAUCACAGUCAUUAUCGGUUUCUGUAUCUGAACUCAAGAAAGCCGAACCUAAACCAGAGAGUAAACCUCAGUCUAACCCAGUUUCUAAGCCUGUGCCUAAACCCCACAAGGCACAGGAGCGUGGAUCUGAAUCGGAAUCAGUUAACGGUCCAGGCCGUGACAGUGGUCUGGACUCGACAUCACGGCAAGACCCUUCAGCAACACUGCCAGGGCGAGGAGGAGCUGAGGCGGCCACAGAAAACAUGGAGGGCAUCCUUUGCAGAAAACAGGAAAUGGAAUCACACAACAAAAAAGCAGCCACCAGAUCGUGGCAGAAUGUAUAUUGCGUUUUACGUAAAGGAAGUAUGGGCUUCUAUAAGGACAACAAGAGUGCCUCUAAUGGAAUCCCUUACCAUGGAGAAGUUCCCAUCAGCCUCAACGAGGCUGUCUGUGAGGUAGCCCAUGACUACAAGAAGAGGAAACAUGUAUUUAAACUUAGGCUUGGGGAUGGAAAAGAGUUCUUGUUCCAAGCGAAGGAUGAGGCCGAGAUGAGUUCAUGGAUUCGAGCAAUCCAGUUAUCCCUGCCGUCCACCGAGCGUUCGCCGGGUGGCACACGAGGUCUGAGUCGGGCGAUGACCAUGCCGCCAAUGUCUCCCAGCUCGGGCGAGGGUGGAGGCGUGACCAUGCGCAACAAAGACGGCAAAGAGAGAGGCGGCGAGAAGCGCUUCAGUUUCUUUGGCAAAAAGAAAUAAGCACCAAAAUAUGGCACAGAUCUCCACAGUGAGCCAAACAAGAGAUGGAAGUUUGUCAACACUCAAAAGAAACUGUUUAGAAAAGGCAAAGAAAACUCGCAUGUCACGUUUGUGAUAGGUUUUUUGUUUUUGCCCUUUAGUUUUCUUCCACUCAUUUCUUUUAAAUUCAUCUCAUUUCACACUUCUUUGGAUCUUCCUCAAUCUCGCCUCCUAGAUGGAAUGUCACUUUUGGCCAGACGGUGAGCUCUGAGCUGAGAGAGUGGCGUCCCUGACCGAGAGCCAUCCUGAAAGUUUAGCUCAUACCUUUCAAUUUGAAUAGUUUCCUUUUAACUUUUUCCCUAAAAAUAAUUUUAUCUUUGGGUUAUACGGCAUUUCCAUACUGUAAUGACCAAGAGUGCUAUUUUGUCUCUUUGCCCUGAUGAUUUCCAUUUCCUGACCUCUCACUUUCUUUGUAAAGGACUACAGUCCUUUUUUUUUUUUUUUGGUAUUAUUAUACUUAUAGCUAAAGAUUUUAUUGUUAUUGCUAUUAUUAAUAUUGUUUAUUUGCUGUUCUGUUUUUGAGUCAAUUUAAAGUAAAAUAUUUAAAGAAAAUGUAAGUAUAGUUGGUAUGAUCUUAUGUUCAGAGAGGACAAAGCAGAAAGAAGCCCAUACAUCAGAGGUGGGAGUUCAUGCUGGUCUUUUUCCUUUCCUUUUUAUUUUUUCUUGAUAUGACUGUGUGGAAUGUUUUUUUUUUUUUUUUUUAAAGAAUAGUGUUUUUCUGCUUAAGGAAAAAAAAAAAAACACUAUUUAUGAUGGUUUUAUUAUCUUUUUGUUUAUCUUUCUGUUCUCUCUCUUUCAUUUUCAUUAAGAAAUACUUUAAGUAUGUGUUCUUAUUCUGUGGCUUGUUCCUUUAGCUCAUCAAGUUCCUUUAACCUCUUUAUCUUGUUCUUUUCUUAGACCAGAAAAGUGUUUGUUGUGAAGAUUGAAAUUGAGGUGUGAUGCUGUGGUUUGGACUUUGGUUUUACAAUUGCUCGAAAGCAAACAGACACAACACAAGAAUCACUUGCACAAGGCAACAUUAAACUCACGUUAAACAAAGAAUUUGAGGACAGCAUAUAUUUUUCUCCAUUUUCAAGUAACUUUUGAUUUGAAUAUGUAGUUGACCAAGUUUCCUGUCGGAAUGUAUUCUCAGGCGUCAGUUUUACCAUUCACACACCGACGGACACGCGCACAUGCGUUUCUCUCUCCUAACCCUACACUUUAAAUACUUUCCAGGGAUGAAACUCUAUUAUUGGGAUUGGUGUCAGUGAUGCUCUUGAGGUUGAUGCUGUAUUUUUAGGUGUGUGUGAGUGUGCGUGUGCUCUGAAGAGGUUGCUUUCAGGUAUAUCGGUUGUGAAUGUGCUUCAACUCUGAAUGAGAAACAAAAUUACUGAGGUAUUCUUAAUGUGGACCAAAUCAACAGUUUUUCCCCCAAGCAUGGUGAUUGAGAUGAUCUCUUCCCUUUAUUUGUACAUCACGAGUUACUAUAAAUUAUCUUCCUUGGAGGAAUGUGAAAUUUUUACUGCAUACUUAUAUAAUUGUAGGUUUUAUUCUUGCGGUCAACAAGAGAGAACUCUCUCCUGUCCCGGAAGUAGCGUACACAAAGGCAGAAUCAACGGCAACCUAGCUGACAUGAUUUCAGAUAUACUUUUGCAGUUAAACGCAUGAUGUCCUGGUGUAACAAGUGUACCCACUGUGGCAUGAAAGCAGUAUUUUUGUAGGAUAAAGAUUUUACAGCCUCAUAUGAUUGUGUGAAAGCUUGCCUUGGUGUGUUAAUAUUAGCGCAAGUUUUUUUGACGUCAUACAUUGAAGCCCUUUCCUCUGAGGUGUGUGGAGUAUUGAGCCAUGUCCAUUCUUAUGUCAGUUAUCUCUACAUUUCCUUUGGAGACGCAUUUAAGGGGUCGGCACGAAGACGCAGUAAACUGAAAGCUGAACUUUUUUUGCUGUGACGAUUGAUGUGAAGGAAAAUGAUGCAGACUCUCUACUGAACCUUGUCCAGCCCUCAAAAACAGCCUCUUACCAGUUUUCAGUGAUUGGACAAUGUCACUGAAACUCAUUUUCCGCUCUGUUCAGUGACAUGAAUUGUGACUUGGUCCAAAUGAGAAAUUAGGUGCUUGGAGUCACCUUUGUGAAACAUUCUCUGGAUCGGUCUGAUGUUCUCCAUCCAAAAGGAUAAAAGAGCUGCGGUAGAAUGAUCUAGUUGUGCUUUUGUUCACACAGAAUACCAUCAUUGAGCUGUAAGAUGAUUCAUUUAGUCUGAGCCUACACAUACGGUUUGGGACUGUGUGCUAAAUUUCUUCCUGAGAUAAGUCAAUGUGUUGCAUUUGGAUUAGUCUCUCAUAUUUGUGCUGAUGAUUUUUUUCUAUUCUUCAUCAUAGUUGCCUAAUCUGAAAACGUUUUCUUCCUCCCACAUUUUAUACUUUCCAGUGUGGAUGGUUUUAACCCAGUUUGUGCAGAUGGUCAGUUACAUUAUGGAAAAUCUAGAUAAUUGAGUCUGUUUGUGUAAAUUUCAAUGGACUGGUGAGGAAAAGUGUACGGAAAAUGAAAUGUAAUUAUAUUGCAAUACAUAAAUACAGUGAAUUCAAUGGGAAGAAACUCCUUUCAGUAAAAGUGAGUGGACUUAGCAUUAGAUUUGAUGAAUCUGGGUUUUUUCUUUUUUUUUUUUUUUAAGCAGAUCACCCCCCCCCCCCCCCCCCAACCAAUAGUAGUGUAUUUUACCACAUUUUAAUGCGUCUUCAAAAAUAUUCCCACCAAACCCAUUAAAAAUACCAUUUAUUAAAGAAUGUUAAUUCCAUUCUUGAUUUUAAACCUGAGUUGUUAAUAUCACUACUAUUAUCUGUUGUUAUUACUGUUAUAAUUAUUAUUAUAAAAGUCAUAAUAUUAAUAACUAUUAUUAAUACUACUGUUGCAACUGCACCUCGUGUAAAACUGCAGCCUAUUCCUGCUGAGUUUCUCGUCUGUAAUACCAAACCCCGCCACUUGGGGGCAAGUGUGCUGUGGAGCAUUUUUCAUUACUGAUCUAAACAAGAAAAAGACUUGUUUGUUGACUUGUGUAUCUACAUCUAAUAUUAGGAAUAAAAACAUGAUUUGAAAAGAAAAAAAAA